AUGAGUUUGUCCACUGAACCUAAUAGUGCUACUAAUAGUGAGCAAGAAAAUCAGCCAGAUAAAGUGAUACUUUUGCUUAAGGCUGCUGGAAAUGCUCCUGUAAUGAAAAAGAUGAAGUGGUCUGUGAGCAGGAAGCAGAAAAUCCAUUGGGUAGUGGAUUUUAUAAGAAAAUAUAUAUCAUGUGCUCCUUCUGAAUCGUUAUUUCUCUACGUAAAUCAGUGUUUCGCACCGGCCAUGGAUGCUGAGAUAGGUUCAUUAUAUGACUGUUUCAGUGUAGAAGGAAAACUAAUUUUACAUUAUUGUAAAACUCAGGCGUGGGGAUGA